AUGAAAGAGGCGAAGCAGCCGCCCAAUACGAGGAGCAAGCGCUCUUUCAAAGCGCUUCUCAGAGCAUCCGAUGACCAGGGGUUAAACCUCAGCGAAGCUCGGGGAUCGCAUAUCUGCGCGGAACGAGCGAGGAGAGAUCGGCUACUAUUGGGCUACUAUGAAGAUGUUUCCAUGCGAGAAGCAACGAGGCAACCUAAGCAGGAUAAGACCCGGUGGGCACGGCGGCUUCCAGCGACUUCCUUUGCUUCUUGUCAAUGCAAGCUCGAUGGUUGGGGUAGGAGCAUCAAACGUGUAUUCGGGAAGCUGUCGGAGCGAAGACAAGUAGGACAAGCACCGCCCACGCGAUUUUGUAGAGCGGCGGGCUCGGAACUCACGAAAUCUCCAAUGGGGCGAUAA